UCUCGCGAGAGGACGCCGUCCCCCGAGACCCGGCGCUCUGGGCGGGGGCCUGGCGGCCACUCUGCAGGCGCCCUGUCUGUGGCCUCGCCGGGUGCUACCCCGCCACGCUUUUAAUUCUAGGGUGACCUUAGAGUUCCACUUCUGGCAAAAAUGUGAAGUUUGGGGCUCGCCAAAAAAACAAAACGUUUUCACGUGGGAAAUUUCGUUUUCUGUCAGUAGAAGUUGUAGCUCUGUUAUGUACACAUGCAGCUGUGGUUACAAGGAUUUCAGAGAAGAAUUAGACUAAAUGUGAGCUUUGUUUAUCCUUACUGUCAGACCAAACCUGUACCGUCUCUGUGGUGUGCAGAAAGGUUAGGAGAGUGGGCUUCAACACUGGCGCAGCCUCUAAUCACCUGUAGUGCGCCAAGUAGGCUGAUCCCUGGAGCCCCCUCCAGGCCAGUUGUUCACAGUCCUUGAGGCGGGGAGCAGGGGCACCCCAUUGUUGAAACUCUCCGGUGUUAAUUGGUGUUGCAGGUAGAAUGGGAACCCCUUAGGGUAAGGACGUCUUCAGAGUUGUGUGUAGUUUUCUUAAGAAAGGCUGCCAGGAUUGAAGCUGCACCUAGAAAAUACAGUUUAGGGCAUUUGGGAGAGUAUCUUUACAGAAUUUUGAUCAGCAGCCCUGAUGAAGUCUGAUUUGUAAAGUGAAUGGGGGCGUGGUCAGGGCCAAUGGGCAGGGUGUUAGAAUAAUCCACAGGGAAAGUAAUGGUGCAGGAAUGAGAGUUGAAAACCACUUUUUCUUUCCUCUCCUAGGGUGUUAAAAUAGUUGCGAAAAAAGUGAGAAACCCUUUGCUGAAUUAAAACUACUUUUCAGCAAUGAGUAGGUAGGCUGUAGGACAUGAAUUUUAUUGUUGCCAAGUAUCUUUUAACGUGUUUGAAAUAUACAUGCCUCAGGUAAUUUUCCGUUAAUUACAAACUCUUGUUUUUUUUUUCUUUAGAGCCUUAUGGUGGCGAUUUUAUUUUUAUUUUUACAGUAUAUGAGAUUGAUAUUAAAGACAGUUUUCAUCCGACUUCGUCGGCGCACAUAAGUUUCCUUUUGGCCCCCAAUUUUAGGUCACAAUGCAACAAGCUUUAGAACUAGCUUUGGACCGUGCAGAGUAUGUCAUUGAAAGUGCUCGGCAGAGACCUCCUAAAAGGAAAUACCUGUCAAGUGGAAGGAAAUCUGUAUUUCAAAAACUUUAUGACUUAUACAUUGAGGAAUGUGAAAAAGAACCUGAGGUUAAGCAGAAAUUAAGAAGAAAUGUGAACUUGUUAGAGAAGCUUGUUAUGCAAGAGACUUUGUCAUGUUUAGUGGUCAAUCUGUACCCAGGAAAUGAGGGAUAUUCUCUGAUGCUCAGGGGGAAGAAUGGAUCAGAUUCUGAGACCAUUCGACUGCCUUAUGAAGAAGGAGAAUUGCUUGAGUACUUAGAUGCGGAAGAAUUACCUCCUAUUUUGGUUGAUCUCCUAGAAAAAUCUCAGGUUAAUAUUUUCCACUGUGGAUGUGUCAUAGCGGAAAUACGGGACUACAGGCAGUCCAGUAAUAUGAAAUCGCCGGGUUACCAAAGUAGGCACAUUCUCUUACGUCCAACCAUGCAGACUUUAAUCUGUGAUGUUCAUUCAAUAACAAGUGAUAACCAUAAAUGGACCCAGGAGGACAAACUUCUGCUUGAGAGCCAGCUGAUUCUAGCUACAGCAGAACCACUGUGUCUUGAUCCUUCCAUAGCAGUAACCUGCAUGGCCAACAGACUGCUGUAUAACAGGCAAAAGAUGAACACUCGCCCUAUGAAACGGUGUUUCAAGAGAUAUUCCAGGUCUUCUUUAAAUCGGCAGCAAGAUCUGUCUCAUGGUCCACCUCCUCCUCAGCUGAAAUUGCUUGAUUUCUUACAAAAACGAAAGGAAAGGAAAGCAGGUCAGCAUUAUGACCUCAAAAUUUCUAAAGCAGGAAAUUGUGUAGAUAUGUGGAAACGGAGUCCCUGUAAUUUGUCCAUACCUUCUGAAGUGGAUGUGGAGAAAUACGCUAAGGUGGAGAAGUCUCUCAAAUCCGACGACUCGCAGCCGACAGUCUGGCCAGCGCAUGAUGUAAAAGAUGAUUAUGUAUUUGAGUAUGAAGCUGGUAAUCAGUGUCAGAAAACAAAGCUCACCAUCUUGCAGUCACUUGGUGAUCCACUUUACUAUGGUAAAAUCCAACCAUGUAAAGGAGAUGAAGAAAGUGACAGCCAGAUGUCUCCGUCUCACUCCUCUACAGAUGAUCAUUCAAAUUGGUUCAUUAUUGGGUCAAAGACUGAUGCCGAGAGGGUAGUUAAUCAGUACCAGGAAUUGGUCCAGAAUGAAGCCAAAUGUCCAGUCAAGAUGUCACACAGCUCUAGUGGCUCUACCAGUCUAAACCAGCUUUCUCCUGGGAAAGAAACAGAACAGGCGGAGACUGUGUCAGUUCAGUCUUCAGUAUUGGGGAAGGGAGUAAAACAUCGACCUCCGCCCAUCAAACUUCCCUCAAGCUCAGGAAAUAGUGCCUCAGGUAACUAUUUCACACCACAACAAGCCAGUAGCUUUCUUAAGUCCCCAACUCCUCCUCCUUCUUCUAAGCCACCAAAUCUUUCUCGGAAGUCAUCAAUGGAUCUCAGUCAAGUUAGUAUGCUUUCUCCAGCUGCCCUGUCACCUGCCAGCUCAUCACAAAGAACCACAGCCACCCAGGUCAUGGCAAACUCUGCUGGAUUUAACUUCAUCAAUGUAGUGGGCUCUGUUUGUGGGGCCCAGGCUUUGAUGACUGGUUCAAAUCCUGUGCUGGGCUGUAACACUGGUGCCAUAACUCCUGCAGGAGUAAACCUGACUGGCCUUCUCCCCUCGGGGAGUCUGCUACCAAAUGCAUUGCCCAGCACCGUGCAGGCAGCGUCUCGAGCAGGUGUUCCAUUUGGUUUAAAAAAUACUUCAAGUCUCAGGCCUUUAAAUCUACUCCAGCUUCCCGGUGGCUCGCUUAUCUUUAACACCCUGCAGCAGCAGCAGCAGCAGCAUCUCUCCCAGCUCGCACCCCAGCAGCCUCUGCAGCCCACAGCCUCCAGUCCUCAGCAGCCAGGAGAGCAGAGUUGUGAACAAGGUUCAACUACUCAAGAACAGGCCUUAUCUGCUCAGCAUUCUGCUGUCAUUAACCUCACUGGAGUAGGAGGUUUUAUGCAGUCACAGGCAGCUGUGUUGUCUCAGCUUGGCUCUGCCGAGAACAGACCUGAGCAAAGCCUCCCUCAGCAGAGACUCCAGCUCUCCUCUGCCUUUCAGCAGCAGCAGCAGCAGAUCCAACAGUUGCGAUUCUUGCAGCAUCAAAUGGCUGUGGCGGCAGCGGCAGCACAAACAGCUCAGCUACAUCAUCAUCGACAUUCAGGCCACAGGUCAAAAAGUAAAAUGAAGAGAGGCACUCCAACUACUCCCAAAUUCUGAGUUUUCUUUUUUCCUUUCUCUUUUUUUAAAAGCCCGAGAACACUGAAUCAAAAGAAUUGAGUUUUUACUUCAUCUUGUUUUUUAAUGUGUAUUUUACACCGCUAAAUGUACAAACUUUAUACAAAAGUACAACCCUAUGGUUUUUAAAUAAAAACAGGGAAAUAGUUUCAUGAA